AUGCCGGUGUUGAUGCUGCUGCUGGCGGCGGCGGCCCUGCGGCUCCGCCCGGCGAUGGGGGCUGAGCCCCUGUGCCGCGUUCACGUGGUGAGGACAGGAAAGGUGUUCGAUGUCGCACAAGCAGUGGACGGGGACCGCCUGCACUUCUCGUCUUCGGCGCCUCGCUUGGUUAAGCACCCUUGCCACAAGAACUUAGGGCUGUAUCUGGGGAAGCAAGUGUUUCUCACGAGAGACAACUUCGAGAGCAGCCUUCUGCCGUUCACCAUCCCUGCCUCCAUGGCGGUCGGCGUGCCGGAAGUCACAUCCGCCCAUUUCGCCGGCCCCUUGCUGCUGCUGGUGGUGAACCGCCGAGUCUACACCUACGAUUAUAAAGACGGCGUCUGGGGCGCGGCGACAGGUGUGGACCACCCUGUGUCCCACGUUUCGGGUGACAACUGCUGUGAUUCUAGCAAAAUCUUUUGCGUGUCCGUCAGCCACACGGUCUUCGCGUAUUCCCACGGAGAGCAGGUGUCCCAGGCCAACGUGUAUUUCUCAGUCACCAGCGGGCAGAGUUUCCAGAGAUACAGCGUUGAAAGGCAGGCAGAGCUAAACGGGACCCUGGGCGGAAUCUUCUACUUCCACUCCUUGUCGCAGAUCGGGCUGCUCGCUGUUAACAAAGGGAAGGGCCAGUUCGCGUACUCACACCACCCCCUGAACCGCAGUCUGGGGCUAGCCUUCGACUACAACGGCACCCUCAACGUUCUCACCGUCCCGGGCCAGAGGGGCGUCCUGGUCUUCUGGUUUGAGAACAGCCUGCUGUUCUCGCCCAACGCAGGUCAGCUCAUCGACACCGUGCAAGUGUGGAAAGGAGAGCAGGUCCUUCACCCCUCCAUCUACGGAGCCAACAUCACCAUCCACAACAUCGCCGCCAAUGAGAACGAGCUGGCGGUCCUCACGCAGGAAGACCGCCUGUACUACGGGAGCCUGGGCAUCCUGUCCAGCCCCAUCAUCAAAAUUUCAGAGCAGCCCAUCUGGUCCCCGGAGGCCGCCCUGAUGUUCACCGGCACCGGGAUGCUGCAGGUCCUCACGCCGCUGCCCGACGCGGCGUUCCCGGCCUUCGACUUCCGGAAGUGCUCUGUGAACGUGCAGGCCGUCCUCAUGGACCCCAAGCUCCAGGUCGGCAAGUGCAAAAUUGAACUCCUGGACGGGUUGUUCAGACAGGAAAUGUAUACCAUCGACAUGAACAGCGAGCUGGAGCUGGAAGCCAUCCUGAUUCCCCGGCUGGGCACGUCUCCCAUCCCACUGGCCAUGGUGAGCAACCCAUACUCACUGGGGCUGCAGGCCUCCAUCUACGAGUUUGGCAACACUUUUGACGGCAACACCAAGUACAAGCUGGACAUUCACCUGAAGCAGCAGCAACUCUGGGGCAGGACCGACCCCAACUUCACCUCCAGCAUAAAGCGCCCGACCAUGUCCGCCUUGACCGUGGACGUAGCCAACAAGGAGAUCUCCUGCGUGGACAUGAAGCCGCUGUCCACACUCAUCUCCCUGGGCUGUGACCUGCAGAAGAGGAUCCUCGUACAAAAUGAGAUUACCGCUUGCUCCAAGGGCAUCCUGGACCCCGUGGAGCUGCAGGGGAACUACACCUACGUCAUCGAGAGGGAGUUCUAUGACCCCAGCUUCCGCGGGCACAAGGCCACCAAGGACCUGACCGUGGCGUACCCCUAUGAGGACCUGGGCUGCCCUCGCCUCGUCUACUACGACACGCCCUGGAGCCCCGUGGUGGAGCUGUGGCGCGGGGCGCAGUUCCGGGAGGUGGUGACGGCGGAGCACGUGCUGCUGGAGGUGAACGGGCUGUUCUCCUACUCCUACUCGCUGACCGCCAAGGCGGCGCUGUGCACGGCGCAGCCGCAGAACUGGAGCAGCGUCCUGGCCGCCAGCCCCGGCCGCGGGCCGUCCGCCUGGAACCGACAGAACUACGCCAGCUGCCACGACCCCAACAACAAGGAGCCCCUGAGGUGGCCGCAGGCCCCGUACGAGGUCCUGGGCGGCCGCACGGACAACCAGAUCAUCUUCGAGCAGCGGAACGGAAUCUACGUCUUCCACAUCGCCAUCGUGGACCCCUACUACAGGUGA